GAGUCGGACUGAGUAGCGGGGCAUGGAGGGGCCCGGCGGUCAGAGCUGUUCGGGCCCCAGCCCCGCGCCGGAGGACGCAGCCCCCGCCUCGGUGAGCCUGGCGCAGCUCCUGCAGCUGGUUCAGCAGGGCCGGGAGCUCCCGGGCGUGGAGAAGCGCCACAUCGCGGCGACCCACGGCGAACCCACGGCGUCCCGGCUCCCGCGGAGGCCCAAGCCAUGGGAGGCCGCGGAAUCGGCCAAGGCCCCCGCACCGCCCACCCUCGGAUCCGGGUAGAGGAACCGCGUGAAGGGGCCCUGCUCGGCGGAGGCAGGAACUGCGCCUUCCUGAUGGCACGGAUUGGGUUCCUGUGGCUCGCGGUCCUUCGCCUCUUAGACCUGGAAGGCGUGACUGUAUCCUGCAUCUCCUCGGACCGCGGAUACCGGCCACGGUUAUUCGUCUUUUGUGCAUUUGCCCCAACCGGUCUCAGCUGGAAUUUAGCCUCCUGGGAGCGUCCUUACAGUUGACUUGUAUCCGUAUUUCUGGACCAUCGUCCACAUUAAAAAAAAAAAAAAAAAAAAAAAAGUUUUACAAAUCCCGUUUCAGACCUUGUAUUUGGCAAAUCUCAUCCUUCACUGAGAUGCAUAGAUGUGGUUUCAUCUUUAAACUACCACUGAGGACACACUGACAGAGUCUUGCUCAGGGGGAACAAAUUCUGUUAGUGACGUAGGAGAGUGUCAGUGUUUCUCUUCCAGGUCAGCUUAUUCUGGCGGCUGUGGAAGUGGAUUUGGGAUCCACGUGGUGUUGAUUCCAGCCAUUCUCCAGAUCAGCGGCUAGCAAUGCAAAAGAUCUGAUGAUUACACUUGGCCCCAGAAGUACUUCAAAGACACAUUAAACCAGUAAAAUCCCAAAGCAUUAAAAAAGACGAU